UGCCGUCGGCAUAAGAAAGCUUCAUUACAAUAGUGAUUAUUGGAGGAUAGAGGAGGAUUAUUCUCGCAUUUUCCUGCGUUGAGAAUUUUAUUGAUACACAAUAUUAAUUAUGGCCGAUACGAAGGUUGACUCCGCGAAAGAAAUCUCCGCAAAGGACUUGAAAGAGAAGAAGCUCCUUGAGGAGAAGGAAAAUGGAAAAGAUGCCACUAAUGGAAAGGAGAAUGAGGAGAAUGGAGAGCCUGAAAUCGAUGAUGAGGAAGACGAUGAGGUAGAUGAAGAAGACGAAGAGGAAGGAGAGGGUGAUGAGGAUGAAGACGAGGAUGAAGAUGACGACGAGCUAGGUGGAGGAACGAAACGGGCUGCUGAGGAUGACGAUGAAGAUGAUGAGGAUGAUGUCGACCCCAAGAAGCAGAAGAAAGAUGAUGAUGAUUAAAGGAUUUUCAUAUUGCUGAGCAGAUGUAGACGCCUCUGCUUUAACCCAACCGUUGGAGCCAGUGGCAUAAAGGACUCAAAUACAUAAAACAUGGUCAUUUUCAAGUUCGUCACCCAUGUCAACCAACUGACCCCCAAUUCAAAAUUUUCUAGCGGACCGACCACAACGCAGAUUUCCAGCAUUCGCAAUGAAAUAAGCAAGACAAGGAUUUGUUUGUAUUUUUAUUUACAUUUUAUAUUUUUGUACAUAUUGUGAAGAGGUCAGCCACUUUAUCGUGAUCUCCUGUGACCAAAACGGUGCUUCUUUAUGAAAUUUUACUUGUUUGACCAUGUCUCAAUAUUUCAACAUAAAGACAACAUGUAUAAAAUCAACAGCCAUUGAACUCAGAGCAUUCCAGUAAAUUUUAUGUAUGAACUUUAGUUGUACCAUAACUAGUUGUACCAUAAACUAGUUUUUGUAUGGGAGGGCUAGGCCAAAGAAAAAAGGAGUUUUGGUUUCUUUUGACUUUGUUUUGUCUGCAUUAUUUGUUUUACCUUGGCCUGUUUGUUGUAUGUGUGGAGUUUGUUGUUCAACAAUAAACUUAACUUUUAUUUUGUGACUUAUA